UCCUUCCCCACCCACACACGGAUCUCGAGUGCACUGCUCCUUCGGGUUAAACGCUUGCUUUGCAACACAGAUCCUUUUUUAUCAAUCCAUCCAUCCAUCCGUCAUGUCUUUGUCCACUGCUGAGGCUGCUUGCGUUUACGCGGCGUUGAUUCUCCACGACGACGGUGUCGAAAUCACGGCCGAGAAGAUCAACUCAUUGAUCGAAGCCGCUGGUGUGGAAGUUGAGCCCAUCUGGGCCACUCUCUUUGCCAAGGCCCUGGCCGGAAAGGACGUUGGUGACUUCCUCUUCAACGUUGGUUCCGCUGGUCCUGCUGCUGCCGCUCCUGCUGGUGGUGCUGCUGCCGGUGGUGCCGCUGCUGAGGCACCCAAGGAAGAGAAGAAGGAGGAAGCCAAGGAGGAGUCUGAUGACGACAUGGGCUUCGGUCUUUUCGAUUAAGCGUCCUGAGGUGUAUUUUAACGGUUAUUCGUUUAAUAUACAUAUCUAUCGUGA